UAUUUGUUGUUAGAAUCUGCAGAUAGCACAACCAUAAACAGUAUAACAUUUACAAAAACACACGAGGUAGCCGCCGUAACAUUUGGUGGGCAAAUGAAAGUAUGGGAUCUGAGGCAAACAAGUGAUAAACCUGGAAGAACAAUGCUACUGUAAGUGGCCAAAAAACGUUUCUUAAUAUUUGCUUUGAAAAUGUUAAGAGUGAGGGGACACGUUACCAAAGAAAUGCAAAGAAAUUGUAGCAAAUCAAUGUGUACCAGUAUCUGAAUAUGGUGAAUGUAUAGAGCAGUUAUAAACAUUGAACAUUGUUUGAUUUCAAGAACUGUUUUUGAAGAAGAACUGACAACAUUACCAUAGGUCUGUAAAAUCAAUAGAUACAGUACAUAAUCUGGCACUUAUAAGCCCUACCCCCCCCCUCAGCUAUAGCUCGUCCAUCUUCCUGUAAACAACAACAACAACAACAACCUGUAAAUAAGUGUUAUUAUUCAUUUAUACUGGUAUUAUUAUUUUAUGUGUAGUUCUGGUGAACGAGUGUCAUUGCUGUGUGUUGAUAAACACCCCACCCAGCCCCACCUAUUGGCAGCAGGAGGACAGGAUGGGGUAUUGAGUAUCUGGGACAUGAGACAGGAACUGUAUCCUGUUACUUUACUGGAGGCACAUGCUGCAGAAAGUGAGUGAUAUCUUUGUAUUAAAUACUUCAGUAGGCUAUUUAGGGUAUCUUUGACUGACCUUAUUUCUAGUGUAAGUCAAGAAUACAUGGAAUAAACUUGAAAAAUGAGGAAAGGGAAAAGGAAAAAUGGAAAAGGGAGGCAGAGAGAAGUUACUGAAGAGCACUCUUGGCAAACAACAUUGGCUGAAACACUCCUCAUAUGUUCUCCCUGAAACAUGUAUACCCCACUUGAUCGUUGUUGAGGACUACUGUGCAUGUACCUUCAAACUGCCCACUGGCUGCUAGCCCCUUUGGUGCUCUUUGUAGUCAAGUCCUUUAAAUUGCAUUUAAAUCCCACAGGCAUUCCUUUCUUCCUUUCUCUCUCUCUAUUUUUUUCUUUUUCCCUGCUCUCCAAUUCGCACCUCUCCAUAUAAAUUACGUCUUUAUGCUAAGGACUAGAGAAGUCUUUUUCUUUUCCCAUCUCCGUGAAAGAUCUCCUUCAGUCAUGCCCAGUUAACUCAACUAGAUUCCAGUGGACAAAAUCUGGAGUCCAGUGGAAUCUAGUGGAGAAAUAAAACCGGAAGAACAGUGGAGUCCACUUGACUUACGAGAAGUCUGGUCGUAAGAUAAAACCAGAAGUGUAAAAAAUACUUUGAGGAGGGUUAGAGUCCAUACGAGUGGAGUCUAGUUUGACAGAAUUGGACAACCCUUGAAAGAUCUUCGUAUUGAAUCAUGAUCAUCACCAUGUUGUUUAACUAAAACAUCUUAUUUUAUCCUUCUUGCACCAGUUUGGGAAGUUAAGUUUCAUCCCCUCAGUCCCGACAAUCUAUUCACAUGCUCUGAGGAUGGCUCUCUCUGGCACUGGGAUGGUACCUCUGUAGCUGUGCAAAGUGUCACCGGACUCCCAGGUGCAAGUAAAAGUUUCCUUCCGAGCAGUAUUGGCAAUGGUGCUGGCAUCGGCGGAGGAUAUGACAGCAUAAGUCCUUGGCUUUCAAUGGAUGCAACAAAACAUAAAAUGGAAACAUUUUCUCUACUUCCUUAUAAUAGACUGUCAAUCAAUUCUCUGGACAUCCAAUCUAAACACUUAUUGAGUGGGAGUGACUGUGAAGCUAUUUUUAUCAUCAAAGAUCUUGUCAUUAGAUGA